AAUGUGAACGGGCUCUAAGAAGAAACACGAUGGAUGGAGAGCUGCCCUGUGCUGAGGUGGAUGGAGAACUGCCCCCUGGCCCUGAGGAUGCAGGAGGGGAGGUGGCCUGUGCCACGAGCCACGAGCAAGGAGAGGUGGCCUGUGCCAUGAGUCACGCGGAAGGGGAGGCGCCCAGUGUGGCGAGCAAGGAGGAAGGAGAGGUGCCCUGUGCCAAACAUGGUCCUGAAGGAGAGCUGCCCCACGCCGGGAGUGACGCAAAGGAAAAGGCACCUUGUCCUGAGAGCGACAGGGAAGGAGAGACACCCAGUACUGAGAGCGAUACUGAAGGGGAGACGCCCAGUGCUGAGAGUGAUGCCAAAGAAGAGGCACCUCGCGCAGACACUCUUAGUGCUCUGAAGAAAAUCUCCUCCAUUUCUUCUCCCUUGCGGGCAAUCAUCCGCAUUCGGCGACAAAUCCGGAAGCAAAAGAAAAGCCGUCUGCGUUUAGAGCUCCCCAGGGAAAAGUCUUCAGAGCUGGUGCAAACAAGGCUGCUUCAAAGGCAGGUUUCCAUGAACCGAACCAGCCUGUAUGGCUCUUCCACGUCCUUCUUUAAUCAGAGCAGCUUUGAAAAUUCACGGUACUUCACCUUUGAUACGUCUGCGGACCAUUAUGCUAUGAGUAAAUGCAGGCGGAAGAAGAAACGUAGGAAGUCUAGAAUAGUCCUGUAUCCGGAUAAAACAAAAAGGUAUCUUCCAACAGAGGAGAAGAGCAAUGCAAAACGCUGCCUUCUGCUGCUUAUUGUCAUUAUCUUCUUCCAGAUUCUAAAUGCUAUUGAGAACUUGGACGAUAACCUCCAAAAAUAUGACCUAGAUGGUUUGGAGAAAACGAUGCACCGGGAAGUAUUUGGACAAAAUGCUGCUGUAGAAAGUAUUAUGGAAUUGCUGAAAGACUAUCUGGCUACCCACAUACACAACAAGCCUCUGAUUAUCUCUCUAAACGGUCCGGGAGGAGUUGGGAAGAGCCACGUUGGCUGGCUGUUGGCCAAACAUUUUCGUUCUGUCAUGGACAAUGACUUUGUGCUUCAGUACUUUGUGAUGCAUCACUGUCCAAGUGGGGUAAGUGAACUUACUUGCCAAAUAGAUUUGUCUGAGAAGAUCUCUGACAUGGUUACGAGAGCUGAGAUAGAAGAGAAGAUCCCACUAUUUAUUCUGGAUGAGGUUGAACUCAUGUCUCCGGUCCUGCUGGAUACUCUCAGCCGAUUCUUCGAACCCAAUCAAACCAAUGAGUUCCUCAAUGCCAUCUACAUUUUAAUAAGCAACAUAGGGGGUAAUGAAAUAACAAAGUUUGUUAUCCAGAAUGCGUCCACUGAGCUUCUGCAUCAGCAAAGGGGAGUUGAAGAACUGCUGAAGAUCAUCCAGCCUUUACUGAUCCAAGCCCACCCGCUUUGGAAGUCUGCGGACAUUGUCCCGUUUGUUCUUCUAGAGAAGAGUCACGUCAUAAAUUGCUUUCUAGAGGAGAUGAGGAGGGAAGGGCUGUAUCCUGACCAGAACCAUAUUGAAAAUUUAGCCAGUCAGCUCAGUUACUACACUACGGGGGACAAGCAGUACUCCACAACGGGCUGCAAGCAGGUUGUGGCCAAAGUCAAUUUACUCUAGUGGUUUAUUGCAGAGAGUAAAUCCAGCUCUCGGGAUUAGCAGAAUUCUUAGAGACGAGUACAUGAUAGCAGACUGUGGCCGUGGUUGGGCCAGUUCUAGUUCCGUCCCAGUGCACGCUCUGUUGGAGGAGCGUUGGAGGUGAUGAGACAGCAGCCCUGACUCCAGCGGGUGAGCUCUCUUCUCUUCCAGAUGCAUCACUCAUUCCUAAUGCUCUGUGAAUGAGGCUUGGUCAGGGAAGUCCAAGCAACCUCCCUUCAUUUGGGGUUAUUUUGUCUGUUCCUUACAUACUUGUUUGGAAUAUUUGCUAUGGAAGAUCAGUGGGAUGAAAACAGAUACUGUAGGAUAAUAUAAAUAGAAGGAGGAAGUAGUAACAGGUUUGGGUUUACUGUCUCUGUAGUACACAGAGCCUUGUACAAUUCCUUCCGGAGCCUCACUUUACAAACUCCUUUACUUAUGAUCAUCCUGGCUGGUCUUGUGCAAAGUGGGUGGCUCUGCAGAGCAGAGGCAAUGCUGACAGCCCAGGGGACAGCGGGGAGCCUGGGAACUAUCUGUGGCUUUUUUUGUCACGCAGUCAGUGCUCUGCAUCCUCCGGUUCCUAUGUGACCACAGUCUUGUGAAACUCUUGUGUGUCCUCGGAUUAGUUCCUAAGUUGUAGCUCUUCUGAGCUCAUACCUUAGCUCACCUUUGGCACCUCCCGCGAGAUUCCUGCUGCGCAGGUGGGUUUGGGCUUGCCUGGAGCACUGCUCGGCUGUGCCAGCUCGUGCACAAAUAACCGCCAGAUUGUUUAGGGUCUGGUGGGGGCAACUUGUCCUAGGAGCUCUUCUGCUUUUUGCUUCUGGGUACACUUCACCACAUUCAUUAUCUAGACAGCCCGAAAUAGCAACUAACAGAUAUCGAGCAAUGCACGCUGGAAAAGACGCCUUGGGCUGUCUGUGCCAAGCGCAGCAGGAAUCCUGGGCUUAUUCCCAGGCCUGUAAGGACAAAAAAGGUUCUUUAGAAUCAAAAACCAUGUUGCUGAGAAGCACCUUUUGAAAGAGCACGUACCCGUGUUUUGAGCAGUUAUUUAUGACAUUGCUUUUUCAGGUUGGGGUCUUGUGCCUAGAUCCCCUUGUACCGUUUGCUGUGAACUGCCAUAUAUGUAAUCCCGUGGAUGUUUG